AUGGACCAGCGGAAGGUUCGAGCUAUUUCCAAAUGUGAGACCCCAACAACAGUGUCCGAGUUGUGGCCUUUCCUUGGGCUCGUCAACUACUACCGCCGCUUCAUUGUGGACUUCCCUGCAAGAGCAAUCCCGCUAACUGAUCUGCUGAAGAAAAACUACUCGUGGGUUUGGACCUCUCAAUGCGCGGAGGCAUUUAAGGAUCUCAAGCGAGCGGAGACGAAAAAUUCAGUGCUGCUACUAUCCAACUGCAGUCACACUUUUGAGGUACACACUGAUGCCUCUGACUUUCCCAUUGGCGGUGUUCUCGUGCAAAAUGGACACCCCAUCACCUACGCGAGCUCAACGACACCGAGUGGCGUUACACCGUCUAGGAGAAGAAAUGACCGCUGUGGUGCAUUGCUUGCGAACCUGGCGGUACUAUUUGCUUGGGAGCAAGUGGGAGACCUCGGAUCCAUUCUAAUGGUGGUUGAUCAUUUUUUCAAGUACGAGACCUUUAUUGCUGCACCGACCAAUUGCACGGCUGAAGAAGCGGCACACCUCUUUAUCAGCCACAUCGUCAAGCUUUGGGGGGUCCCCACGAGCAUGAUGAGUGACCGCAACCCUAGGUUCACUGGCAAGUUUUGGAAUGAGGUGUUCAAAAUCUUGGGAUCCGAGUUGCUCUUCUCCAUCAGUUUUCGCCCGCAGACGAAUGGGCAAAUAGAGCGGGUGAAUGCUUUGUUGGAAGAGUACUUGCGGCAUUAUGUGAGUGCCAACUAG